AUGGUCUUUACCAACACAAACUCUGAUGGAUCUCGGUCCACAAAGAGAGGCAAACUAGCAUCAUAUUUUGCCGGGCUGUUGGCUCACGGCAACCACGAGCACCACUCAUUGGACAGCGACUCCAACGAUUACAAGGAGAUGCGUGAGUCCAUAAUACUUGGCCGGCGAAAAUCCACCACGCAACGAUCACACAUUCAGAUGAUGAACUUCAACAACUCGCGGCUCUUGCAAUUACCAACCGAAGUUUUGCUUCAGAUAUUUAAGUACUUGGACAAGGGCGAUUUGUUUCUGCUUUUGACGGUGUGUCGAGAGUUCAGUGAUCUAAUUGUGGAGAUUCUAUGGUUCAGACCCAACAUGCAAAGCGACUUGGCGUUCCACAAGAUCCUGAACGUCAUGAGGCUUCCGAGGGAGCAGACCCACUGGGAUUACCGUAAUUACAUCAAGCGCUUGAACCUUUCUUUCAUGACCAAGUUGGUGGAUGACUCGCUCUUAGACUUGUUUGCUGGAUGUCCCAAAUUGGAACGUUUGACCCUCGUCAAUUGCACACAGUUGACCCAUGUUCCAAUUACAAAGGUCUUGAACAACUGUGAUCGGUUACAGUCUAUCGAUAUGACAGGCGUUCAGGAUAUUCAGGACGAUAUUAUAUAUGCGUUAGCGAAGAACUGUACUCGCUUACAGGGCCUUUACGCUCCGGGCUGCGGCAAUAUCUCUGAGGAGGCCAUCGUCACGCUUUUGCGUUCUUGUCCGAUGCUCAAACGUAUUAAGUUCAAUAACAGUGAGAAUAUCACCAACGAUACCAUCUUGGCCAUGUACGAGAAUUGCAAGUCUUUGGUGGAGAUCGACUUGCACAAUUGUCCCAAUGUUUCAGACAAGCACUUGAAGCUGAUAUUCGCUGAGCUUUCACAGUUGCGUGAAUUCCGUAUCAGUAACGCUGCUGGAAUUACUGACAGUCUCUUUGAGCUUAUACCAGAAGACCACCAUCUCGAUAAGUUGCGUAUUUUCGAUGUGACUGGCUGCAACGCCAUCACAGAUGACCUUGUGGAGCAGAUGGUCAAGUGUGCGCCCCGCCUAAGGAACGUGGUGCUUUCGAAGUGCUUGCAAAUCACAGAUGCUUCCUUGAGACACUUGACCAAGUUGGGCCGCAGUCUUCAUUAUAUUCAUCUCGGCCACUGUGUACUGAUUACGGAUUUUGGCGUGCAAGCUCUUGUCACCGCAUGUCACCGCAUCCAGUACAUUGAUUUGGCAUGUUGCUCGCAACUUACAGACUGGACUUUAAUUGAGCUCUCGAACUUGCCCAAGUUGAGAAGAAUAGGACUAGUCAAGUGUAAUCUCAUCACUGAUGGUGGAAUAUUAGAACUAGUUAGACGCCGCGGUGAACAGGACUGUUUGGAAAGAGUACACUUGUCGUAUUGCACGAACUUGACCAUCGGUCCUAUCUAUUUCUUGCUAAAAAAUUGCCCGCGUCUUACUCACUUGUCACUAACGGGAAUCUCCGCAUUUCUCCGGAGAGAAAUUACUCAGUACUGUCGUGAGCCUCCUCCAGACUUCACAGAGAACCAAAAAUCUUCAUUCUGUGUUUUCUCUGGUCAUGGAGUUGUCCAGUUAAGGAACUUUCUUGAUACAUUAAUGGAGCUGAGAACUUACAUGUUGGAACCACCAGGUAUUCAAACAGAGAUAGAAGCUAUUCUCCCUCAGAGGCGGAGACGCAUGUUCGGUCCUCGCGUCGAUAUUGAGCCUUCACAGACACCCAUAGGUACCUCUCCGUCGCCUCCAAAUGAAGUGCUAGGAACAGCAUUUCCUGGUGCUUUGAACAACCUCAAUGCUUUUAAUGAAGAAAAUUUGUCCAACUGGGCUGCACAAAGAGGGUUGGCGGAAUUACGUCGACCAGUGAAUGGCGAGGAAAACUUGCAAGGUCCAAGAUUCAGCGGCACCGAUGCUAUCAUUCGCCAGCUUCUUUCCUUGGAGCAGCGGGCUGCCAACUUUGAAAUCCAUGACCGUCGGAACACUGAACUGGAUAUGGUUAGACCCGGAAAUGCCCCGCACAUCAUUCAGCCGCCCAUGUUCAUUACCGAUGACAUGGUUAUCAACCAUGCGCCUGAGGGUUCUGAAAUGGAGAACGAGGACUUGUUCCCCCGGCUGCAAAAUAACUAA